AACGCUGAAGGCAUGAGGACAACACAGUUAAAGAUGCUAAAACUUUUGCUUUUAUCGGCCUUCGUAGAGAUAUGUGCUGCUAAAAAUGACAUCACUUUGUCAGUGUUUACGGUCACGUCAAAGAGUAUGACAGUGCAGUGGAGUGGACAUACUGGUGCCAGCUCCUACAAGAUCACAGCAACACCUAAGAACUCUCCAGAGCGGCCGGUCUUUGCUCAGUUCAGUGGCAACUCUGUGAUGGGCUCAGUCAACUCCCUGUCACCAAACACGGUGUACACGAUGCAGUUAGAAGCCAUGGACAAUGCUCUCAAUGUCCUCAGCAGUGCAGCAACUGAGGAGACAACAGCUCCUGAAGUCCCCAGCAUUGAGCAGGCCUACUCCAAGCACAGCGACAGCAUCACUGUGGAGUUCACUGAGGUUUCCGGGGCAACCAGCUACAUCCUGAGGGCAGAGUCACAGACCGGUGAUUUCUUCUCUGAGACCGAGGUGAGGGGCUCACCAGGCACCGUGGUGCAGCUCCAGCCCUACACUGGCUACAGGCUGAGCGUCAUGUCCGUCAAUAAAGGGGGGCGGAGUCAGCCCUCAUACCCCAUCAAGGCCAGGACAGUGGUGAUGGCGCCCAAAUUGAACACCACCUCUCCUAGCAACGACACCAUCCUUGUGACUUGGUCCCCCGUUAAGCACGCCGUCCUCUACACGCUCUGCAUCAUCCAAGAGGGCUCCAGCACCCGCCUUAAACUGAACACCACUGACACCACGGUGACCUUUGAUGCCCUUGAGGCAGGGACAACAUACUGUAUCAAGGGCACAGCCUGGGACUCUGAGGGUCGUGCUGGAGACGACCUCACUGUUUGCCAGAUCACACGUCCGCCAAGCCCAGAUGUGACCCACAUUCAGGUGACUCAGGGACGGUCUCUUGGAAUCGCUGUGUACUGGGUGAAGGUGCAGGGAGCAGAGACCUACGUUGCCUUGACCUCUAAUAGCCAAAACUGUUCCACGAUGGGCAUCAGUUACUGUAGUAUCUUUCCAGUGGAGUGUGGCCAGAACCACUCUGUCUCUGUCACAGCCUAUAAUUCAGCUGGACCCAGCAGCCCCUCACAGCCAGCAGACUACAUUACAUACCCGUGUCCCCCAGAGAACAUCUGGGUGGAGGAGCCCAAAGCAGGCAACUGCUCGGUGGUGUGGGACGAGGUGCCGCUGGUGGAGUACUACAUGGCCUUCAUAAAGCGGGACGAUGGCACCGAGAAGUCAUGUAACACCACUGGAACCACCUGCCCGUUUCUCUGCAUGUGUGGCUACACCUACCUCACCACCGUCUUCCCCUACAACCAGGCCGGCUCCAGCCCUUCUGCACAUGUCCGCAACUACACCACCAUUCCUUGUUGCCCACAGGGUGUUUCCGUGAAGCUGGUUUCCACAGAGACCCUGGAGAUCACGUGGUCACCAGUCAAAGGGGCAGAACUGUACGAGACAACAGCAGCACAGACCAAUGAUGUCAUCCACUGUAACGACACAGCACCGGUCUGUGCGCUGUCGGACCUGCAGUGCAACACAGCUUAUUCUGUGGUGGUCACACCUUGCAGCGAGUUACGAGGAUGUAACCGCACCUGUACACCACACACACAUGAGACAGCUCCAUGCGCUCCAGAGAUCCUGAAUAUGACGCAGUCCAACAAUUCCUCAUUGAGAGUCCUUUUCACCACCCCCAACAAUCAAAACACAAAUUACACAAUCACUGCUGUCGGACGCUAUGACACACACACUUGCAAUGCAAGAAACGGCUCCUGUGAGCUCACACAGCUGCCCUGCGGUUCAACCUACGAGGUCAUGGCAGUGGCCACCACAGCGGUAGGACGGAGUCUACCUGGAUACAGUAAACCUUUGGAAACAGGUCCUUGCUGCCCAACGACUGUGAAUGUGACCCAGGUCACACAGGCUAUGACCAAUGUGACCUGGUCAGCUGGCCGUGGAGCUCGUUCCUACAUCACCACCCUGACGUCCUCACGUGGACAUGCCAAGUGCCACACUCUGGACACCCACUGCCUGAUGGGAUGCAUCACCUGCGGCACCAACUACAGCGUCAACCUGGAAGCUAUCAGCAGCACCGGACACAAGUCAGAAUGCAAAUAUCGUGGAUUCUCAUCAAAUCCCUGCUGUCCAACAAGCGUCAAGCUCUAUCGCAGGGCCAACAACUCCCUAAGGGUCUACUGGCGAUCUUUGGGUUCUCAGAUCCAGAAUCACACAGUAGAAUUGUACGGUACAGGAGCCAACUACACCUGUAUCGCAGCUGCCGGCAGCAUAUACUGUGAUAUCCAGGAGGAAACCUGUGGGGACGUCUACACAGUAGUGGCUGCACCGGUGGGACAGAAUGGGAUCAAAGUCAGUUUCUGUCAACCAAGGACAUACUCAGUUCCCUGCCCAGGAAGUAAUGCUGGUAUGGUGAUCUCUCGUGGAAGACGAAGCGUGGAUUAAAUGCGUGAACCAGCCCACUACCACAACAAUAACACCCCCAACAUGGAUACUGUGUUUACACCAACAGCAACUGUGAAGAUCCAAUAUACCCAGAUGAAAUAUCACUCUUGUUUAGGAAUAUCUGUGCUGUGCUGUUACUGCUGUUUGCAAGAGAAUCUGUAUAUUCUGACUGUUUCUGAUCAAUAAAUAUGAAAAAAACACAAGUUAAAACACUAAAUAGGAACAAAAAUAAUGAAUAAAAGAGAGCUUUGGGAGAAAAAAUAAAUCACACCGUUAAUGAUAUUUAUCCAAUGUAUUUGAAAAUACUCUCCAUAUUUCUACUUUUUGUUGUAGGCUGCAUGUUAUUUGACUUUUUGCUCUCUGAUUGCUCAUGUUUAAUCACUACAGUUGCUCUUUCAUGAGUUGAUGACUUUAUGUAACCUCAACAUGUAACGAUAUCUGGUAAAAAAAAAGUAAGAAAAAGCAGAAACUGAAACUUUACAGUAAAGCCCCACUUAAACAUAUCAUGACAAUAAUCAUUCAAUCAUUAAAAUAAAUAAGAUCGUAGGACUUCUCCAAGUAGAAGACCUCCAUACGGCUGCUGUAUGUCUCCGGGUUGUAAAGCUGCCUGGUUGGUUAAAGUGGAGCAGCAAGUAUCCAUCAUCAUUAGCCUGGAGUCCUGCAUGGCGUGUCCUGUGGAUGAUACGUCUGAUCAGAUUGCUGGAGAUAGAUUCAGUGUCACCUCUGCUUUCAUUGGAUUUGUUUGCCCCCAGCUGACAGACGACAACAAUAAAACACAUUGUCUUUGCAUUACAA